CGAAGAGAUUGGAUUCCACCAUGUACUUGACGCGGUGGCCGCAAAACCUCUGCGGCCUUUACUUUGGAAAUCCACGGGACCUCCACACUCUGUCAAGGAGUAUCGAGCGCCAAUGCUCAAAACGCCACUGCAUCUACAAUGCCAGUACGCAUACAAGACUUGCACGAAUCCGCGGACGCAAAAGAAGGACGGCGAUAUCCACAAGCUGUGUGCUGUGCACCGCGACAAGGCCAAUUCAGUGCAGAAAAUCUACGCUGCAAAACGUCGCGCCCGGGCCCGAGAACAGCGAAAACUCCUCGUGAUGCAAGCAAAAGCCGUCCAGCCCAUGAUACCCGUGCCGACGACAUCAGACCGAGAACCUCCUUGCCACCAGGCUCCCCCCGCACCGUACAUCCACGCACCCCAUGUACCAUCGCUCGACAUACUGGACAUGUACAUGACUGAACCAACCAUUGAGCCGAUUCUAUCGCCGUCCGACCGCCGCUCGUUUUCGAUCGAAGAAUCCGAGUUCCUUCGCCUUGUGCUCCUCUCAACCCACGAAACUUAACAUAUUAAUAUUUAAUGUAACCCUCGUCAAUGAACCAAGUCCAACCAC